AUGAGUGUAUGGAAUCCAAGUGUUAGUGGACCUUUCCAAUAUAGUUCAGUUGCAAUCUCAGUUGAAGCAACGUUUGGAACUGACUUCGAACAAAUACAACUUGGGUGGACUGUAAACCCAAACGUGUAUGGUGAUACACGCACCCAUUGGUUUUUUCAAAUGACUAACAAAAGAGUUCCACAUUGUCAUAAUCUUGCUUGCUUGGGGUUCGUACAAACUAAUACCAAAGUACCAGUUGGAAGUGUUAUAGAGAAGGUCUCUGAUUACGGUACCGCUGAUCAAGUGGUUCUGUCUUUCUCCAUGAUUUGGGAUGGAGCAGCUUCACCUAGAACUGGAAAAUGGUGGGUGUAUUUUAAUACUGAACUUGAUCCAAUUGGAUAUUUUCCAGACGAACUAUUUUUUGAGUUAAAUUCAGGAGCUGACACAUUGAAAUGGGGAGGCUAUGUUUUCACUGGGCCAAAUGAUAAUGCUAGCCCUCAAAUGGGUAGUGGAAAAUUUGAUAAUGGAAUAUAUCAGCGAACUGCUUACAUGACUAAUGUACAAUAUAUAGAUGCCAAUAAUCGACUAGUUCGCUCGCCAAAUAAUAUUCAAACUGCCGAGUCUCGUUGUUUCCUUGAAGGGGAUGAAUCAUACAAAGACGACACAAUAGAAUAUACCUUUUGUUUUGGCGGAAAAGGUGGCAUACGAGAUUAUUGUUAUCAUGGUGCACGUUGA